UGAUGGAGUGCUGAUGUGGUAAUCUCGGUAGGAUCGAGUUCUCUUCUUUAAAUAGUUUUAUUUAAGUAAAUAUAACGAGUAAUUAAUUCGUAAGAGUUGUAAGAAUUAAUAGUAUGGUGUUCGAUUAAAACAGGCCAAACAUCAUCAUGUCACACCACAGUGACGAUGCAAUGCUAAUAGCAUCAAGCGAUAGUUUUUGGGAACCUGGAAAUUAUAAGAGAACCACAAAACGAAUUGAAGAUGGAUAUAAGUUAUGCAAUGAUCUCAUGCAAUUAAUUCAGGAAAGGAGUGAGAUUGAGAAAACAUAUGCUAAAAGUUUGAGAAACUGGGCAAAGAAAUGGAAUGAAUGUAUUGAAAAAGGUCCUGAAUAUGGUACAACUGAAGCAGCUUGGAAAGGAGUUUUAGUUGAAGCAGAACGAAAGUGUGAAAUGCAUUUAAGAAUUAAAGAACGAUUAUUAAAUGAUGUCAUAACUCAGAUCAAACAGUGGCAAAAAGAAAAUUAUCAUAAAUCUAUGAUGCAAAUUAAAGAGAAAAAGGAAAUGGAUGAUAAUUUUAAAAAGGCACAAAAAUCUUGGGCAAAGCUUCUUGCAAAAGUAAAUAAAUGUAAAACUGAUUAUCAUACAGCAUGUAAAAAUGAACGAUCUGCAGUUAAUCAGGAAAGGAAUGCAACAGGGGAUACAUCGCUGUCUCCUGACCAGGUAUUAAGUGUUAAAAAAUUACAAGAUCGUGUCACUAAAUGUAAAGAUGAUGUCCAAAAAACAAAAGAAAAAUAUGAACAAGCUCUUCAAGAAAUUAAUGAUUUUAAUGCAAAGUAUAUGGAAGAUAUGACUGAUGUUUUUGAUAAAUGCCAAAUAUUUGAAGAAAAAAGGCUUAAUUUUUUUAAAGAAAUGCUUUUUGGUAUUCAUGGUUGUCUCAAUAUUUCUACUGAUGCAGAGCUUCCACAAAUCUAUGAAGAGUACAGGCACACAGUACAAAAUGCUGAUGCAGCUAAAGACCUUAAAUGGUGGGCUAAUAAUCAUGGUGUUGGAAUGGCAAUGAAUUGGCCACAGUUUGAAGAUUAUUCUGAAGAAUUUCGUGAAAUAGCAGGGAAGACCAAGAAAGGCUCAUUUCCAGAAAGUGGAAUUACCUUAGUCAAUCAGCAAAGAAUUGGAGAUGAUCAACCAGAAUAUACACCAGAACUUAACAAUGUUGCUAAAAAGGACAAAAAGGGUCGAAAUUCUGAAAUAGUUACUCUUACAAGAAUAAAUAAUAAAGGUGAAGAUAAAGAAAAAGGAAAAGAUAAUUCUAACAGAAGUUCUGCUAUUAGCUCUGAUAACAAGCCUUAUAAUCCUUUUGAAGACGAAGAGGACGAAGAUGAUAAGAAAACGAAUGGCCAAGAACAAAAUCCAUUUGAAGAUCAAGAAGAUUGGGAGGAAUAUCAGAAUGAUGCUUUGGUAGAUACCGGAGAACCUGGCGUGCCUGUCAAAGCCCUCUACGAUUACAUAGGCACAGAGGCAGACGAAUUAUCUUUCAAACAAGGUGAUCUGUUUGAAAAGCUAGAAGACGAAGAUGAACAAGGAUGGUGCAAGGGUCGCAAAGACGGGAGAGUGGGACUGUAUCCCGCCAAUUAUGUGGAAGUGGUUCAAAAUUAAAUUUAAUCAGGGUAAUCCCUAUGGGAAUUGCCAAUUAUAUUUUGUUAAAUAAGUCACUUCUGUAUUCCAAAGUGGUGUAAGCGCAUCACCUUAUUAAGUUGUGCAGUGAUUAUGUGCCAACGGUGGUUUGUUUCACUGUCAUUAAUCUAAUCCGUUAAACUAGUUCUUUUUUGUUAGGAAAUUUCUCGGAUUGAUGUUGGAUCCGUAGAAACUAAUGCAAAACCAUAGCCGAUCUUCGAGAUGUCUCAUAAUAUUCCAUUUCUUGUGUAUAGAAUUCAAAAUAAAUGGAAUUGUCUAAUAACUCGCACGGAGAAACACAUACAUAAUAGAGGAUUACUUUGUCGUCGUCGUUCGAUUUUGACUCUUGUAACUUAAUCUCAACAUAUCAUCCAAUAAUCUGUACUCUAUAUUAAUCUACUGACAACUCCAUUGUAUAGAUCAUUUCGAGAGAGCGAUAGUUUCUUAAAGUCAAAGUGCUCUGCACCAAUCACUAUUGCACAGAAAUAAAAAUUGUCAUGUCUGGAAUUUUUUUAUGAUCAUAUUUUUUAAAGUUUAUCAUUAUGUAUACAUCUGCGUCUGCACGUUUUAUUUUAAAAUAUAGUUGGAUUGUGUUAUUUCCACAACGUAUUUGUGGUAAUGGCAACUUGGUAUUGCCCAAGACUGUCACAUGAGAAAUCCAGUGAUUGUUUUUUGAAUUUGUGUAAUUGUGAUACGAAUUAUUAUUGUACUUACUUUUUAAUAAAAGCUUUUCCUUUUAAAAUAUGGAAAAUACGAUCAAAUAAAUGAUCUGUUACUUAAACAAAGCAUUCCCAGAUCUGUAUAAAUUUUGUAAUGGGUUACAAAGAACUGUUGUCAAUGAUCUUUCUUGUAGGAUUUGAAGUAAAUUUGUGGACCACUGAAACCUUGUAACACAAUUCAUAAAUUAAGGUUUACAUCUUUUUUACAGAGGUGAUAUUUAUUAAAUAAUCUGGAGUAAUAUUGUGUACGGAACACGGAAAUGUGCCAUACAGUAUUACUUGUGGCGUCUGUGCAGCUAUCUGAUCUCUCUUUGUCUUUGGUCACUGGAUUUCUCAAAAUAUUUUUGUUUUGGUCUUUGCUUGUAAAUUAUUUUGCUUUGCACAUUUAUUUUGACUAACUCACAAAAUUUAAAUGUUAGUUGAGCAAGGAUGAUGAACUAUAUUUGAGAAGAGAAACUGUGCAAUAUUAACUGCAUAAUAAACGUGUAGAAAGAAAUACACAAUUAUUUUAAUACAGAGUUUUCAUGUAAAUGUUGAUAAGAAAUGGUGAAAGAGUACUUGGGACAGCUUUGUAGUUUAAGUCAAAAUAAAACGAGUACUAUUAAAA